CUUUUCUUUUUCGCUGGUUGACUUGACAGUUCUCAUUUAAUCGUUUUUUUGCACUGAUUCAUGUCGUCGGAUCCGAGAUCGCCACUUAUACCACCUGUAUCAGAAACGGUGGAGCAAACCACCACUUAUGCUGCCAUUGACCAUCGUCAACCACAGGAGUCGCCAUCGUCGACUAACAACGAUGUCACAAUAGCAGUGAAACAAAUGACGACUCGUACAUGGCGGAGCAAUUCCUACGUAUGGUCCAUUAUUAUGCUCGGCAUUCUUCUAUUUGUAUCUACUUGCUUGGAAAUCGCUGUACUGAAAUUUAAUCUGCCGGGUCUUGACAAAGAGGAUCGCGAAGCAAUUCAUUUUCCAAAGAACUUUGAUGACUUGAAAGCACUCAAUGCUAUCAUGUCGGGUUACAUUCAACAGCAUUUUGUGAAUGUCUACACGACAUUUUUCUUUACCUAUAUUUAUUUGCAGAGCUUUUCCUUGCCGGGAUCCAUGUGGCUCUCGAUUCUGGGAGGUGCUCUGUUCAAUCCAUGGCUGGCAUUGUUGACCGUAGCUAUUAGUUCUGCUAUCGGUUCCACGGUUGCUUAUGCCAUUUCGGCAAGUCUAGGUUCCGUGGCCGUGAUGCGGCUUUUCAGUGACCGAUUCAUGAAAUGGAAUGAUCAGUUGGCGGAUCAUCGAAAGCAUAUGUUUAAUUAUGUGCUUGUGCUCAAACUCGCUCCUUUACCGCCCAACUGGUUGAUCAAUCUUGGUGCACCCCAUCUCAAUGUCCCUGUGUGGGCUUUCUUUUGGGGUACCUUUUUGGGUGUCGCCCCUCCAUCGUUUAUCCACGUGCAAGCGGGUGCGGCGCUGGAUAAAUUAUCAUCUUCGGAUGAACUUGUGCUCAUGACACCAAUGAAUGCACUCUGGUUAAUUGCCAUUGGUAUUGCUGCUCUGAUUCCCGUUUAUGUUCGACGCCGUUAUCAUUUGUAAAUAGAUUCUAAUGGAAUGAGAUAAAAAGAGACAGGUUUCUAUGUUCUGUAAAUAAAUUGUGA